AUGUCAAGAGCCAAAUACAUAGUCGGUGCCCUUGUGGGAUCUGCUGUAGUAGCCUACGUCUGUGACAAAGUUAUCUCUGAUGAUAAGCUUUUCGGAGGCACAACACCAGGAACUAUUACAAACAAGGCAUGGGGAGCUGCGACUGAAGAGAGACUCCAAGCAUGGCCAAGAACCGCUGGUCCUCCAGUCGUGAUGAACCCUAUCAGUCGCCAGAACUUCAUCGUCAAGUCACGCCCUGAAUAA